AUGUGCGUGCAACCAUUCCUAAUCACUUUCAGUCCAUGUUAUCAGUUCAUCUCCAAAAUGGACUCGCCCAAAUUUGGGUUCCAUCAACACGGUUACGAGGGAUCGAAAGCCGAAGUGGAAUCGGUUGUGACGGAUCUCGAGGAGCUUUUGCCAAAGUUCAAUCAAAUCAAAUUGGACGCUUUGAAGUUGGUGCUCGAGAAAAAGAAAGUCGAAUUCCAAGGAUCUGACGAUGUCACUUUCGAGGAGUUCAAGCAGGAGUCCUCAUCCACUCUUCCCCGUCGACCCUCAAUGGCUCCAGUCGUGGCAACAGUUUAUGAAGAAUCAGACGAAUCGACAAGAAGUCAACCUGAUCGUGAAAACGAUAAAGACAAAGAAAAGGAUAGAGAAAAACGAGACGAGAACACAUUUGAUCUGAUCGUUCAAGAUUUGGAGCCAGCGACAGAGGUGAUGAAACGAUCGCCACAUGCCAAUCGUUUCUUGGCUCGUCAUAUCAGCCGACAGAAUUCACAAGACCGAAAUCGAAUCGAUGAGGAGCAAAAUGCAAUUGAUCGCUAUUACGAGAACAAUCAGUACUCGGUGACGGGAAUGUUUCAGAAAAAUGAGGACACAAUGAAUCGAAUACCGGCGAAUUAUCAGAAAAUUUUGAGGGAAGCUAGAGAACGAGGCGCUGAGGAGAAGUCGACGAGGAGUUCGAAGUCUCGACCGGCACUUCCAAUACCGGGAGCCAAUGAAAAUAGAUUUCUGAGCUCUUUCUAUUGGUUAGCGGCUAGACAUCGAGUGAUCGGAUUGAGACAUUUAUUGAUGUUUUUGAUGGUUGUUGGAUAUACGUUGUUGGGUGGAUUGAUAUUCAAUGCGACUGAGGGAGGAGCGGAGAGACGGGGAGUGGCUGAAGCACUGGAGGCACUUGAGAGCAAGUUGACACAGAUAUCGACACAGAUGGUCAUAGAGAUCGAUGCCAACUCGACCACGUUCACUGAUCCCGAGGCAACGAAGCAAUUUUUGAGGGACACUUACACAGAUCUUUUACGCGCUGAGGGUCGUUGGGAGCAGUCAGCCUAUCAAAAGAAUCUCUCCGAUGCGAAUAUGUUGUGGAACUUCUGGUCGGCUUGUUUCUAUUCGACGAAUCUCUUUAUGACUGUUGGAUAUGGUGUCAUUGCUCCAUUCACCGAUCUUGGCCGAGUGAUUUCCAUUAUUUACUCAAUCAUUUUCAUCCCUUUAUCGAAUGUGGUGAUUCGCGAUUUGGGGCAAUGGUUUCUACUUGGAUUGACAAAAGUUUACGCGAGAUUGUUGAUUCGAUGGAGGGCAGCCAGUGGCGGGAAAAUAGACGACGAUGAGGACAUCGCUUUGCCCAUCUCAAUUGCUGCUUUAACAGUUUUAAUUUAUUGGAUGUUCUGCUCAUUUCUCACGUGGCUCUAUGAUGGGCUGAUGGGCUCAUCGUUUGACACAGGAAUGUCAUUUUGGGAUUCAAUUUACUUUUCAUUCAUCACCCUCACAGCUAUCGGAUUGGGUGAUUUGAUGCCGAAAAAUGUGCCUCGAUCACCACUCAUGAAAAUCUGGUAUUUCCUUGGAUUGCCUGUGUUCAAGGUUGUCAACCGUGUGAGCUAUGUGGCCGUGGAGAACGGGAUUUUCGGCACGUUCACCGUUUUCGAGAAACGCCUCGAGCAAGCCUAUAUGCAGAAAAAAGAUCAGGUCUCUCCAUCAGCCGGCGAUACUCGAUCAAUCACAAAUAUGGAGAGCGUUUCGAUGAAUGAAAAUUUGCGACGAAGAAGGCAAUCGUUGAUGAGUGCAAAAGCGGCUGUUGAAGAACAAGAGCAAAUCAACGAGGCGCUCAACAAUUUCACUGUUCGAUCGAUCGCUACAUUUAUGAAAGCUCGAGCCGAUGUUUAUGGUGGGGAUUUCGGGCGAAUCCGGGUGACGAAAGCUCAAUUAGAGGAUCGACCGCCGAGCACACAUUUU